AUGAAGCUCUCCAACUUGACCUACUUGUCGCUGAGCUCUAACAAUCUGAUGGGCCUUAUUCCCACGAGCUUGGGAUCGCAUUCCAAAUUAGAGCAGCUCAUCGUCCACGACAACGCCCUCGAAGGCCCGCUGCCACCCAGCAUCAUCAACUGCUCCCGUCUCGCUAUUGUAAGCUUCCUUGGAAACAUAUUUACAGGGAAGAUUCCAGUGGGCCUGGGCGGCCUGCGGAAUCUCAUAUUCUUUUCCGUCGGAAGAAACUUCAUGUCUGGCGAUAUACCAGACGACCUAUUCAAUUGCUCAAAUCUCGCAACCUUGGAUUUGGCACGGAAUGGUUUCAGUGGGUAUCUGAAAUCUGGUGUUGGCAGACUGCCCAAUUUACGGUGGCUGCGAUUGCAUGUGAAUUCAUUCUCUGGGAGGAUUCCGCCCGAUAUUGGGAAUCUAACAACGCUGCUGAGCUUGGAACUUGGGGGAAACAGCUUUGUCGGUCAGAUGCCCUUGGAGAUAUCAAAGCUGUCGAACCUGCGAGGGCUCUCUGUUCAGAAGAAUUCUCUGGAUGGGGUGCUCCAUGAGGGAGUUUUCGAGCUGAAGCAGCUCAACACCCUCCAGUUGCAGCUGAACAAGUUUACCGGAUCGAUCCCCGAAGCCAUUUCGAACCUCCAGAUGCUCUCCGACCUGGAUCUUCAUGGGAACAUGUUCAGUGGUCCUAUUCCAAGAAGCUUGGGCACUCUCAAGCAGCUCCUGUCGGCGGAUCUUUCUCAUAACGAGUUCACUGGAUCUAUUCUUGGGUCAACGGUGGCCGGGAUGAGAAGCAUCAGACGUUUCUUAAUCUGUCCUAUAAUUUUCUUGAAGGUUCUAUUCGGGGCGAGCUAG